AUGCCCGCCAUCGCAGAGACUACAUGCUACAACCUCUCAAAGUUCAGAGCGACUAUGAAGUCAUUCCGAGUUUUGGAUGAUAACAUUAUGCUCCGCCUCAACGAGACCAAUACUCACGCCGAGGCUGCUUGCGCCAACUUUUUCAACGAGUUGGUCGCUGCCUACCAGAAGCGUGAUGCGAGCAUCAAGUUCUGCCUGGAGACCAUGGAUAAGAACAUUGCUGUCAAGAAGGAGAAGCUCUACCAGGAUCCUGAUGACUACACCCUGAAGGACAGCAUUAUGACCGACGAGUCUAAGGCAAGGAUCUAA